AAUGGCACUGAAUGCAUUUAUCAAAGUGUGUGCGUUUGUUUUAUUUGCACAUUUUGCAACUGUUGAGACUAAAGGUUUUACUUGCAUAUCUUGUUCCAGAUAUGCUGAUUGUAUUAGGAACGCCAGUCGUCCCUGCAGGUGUAUUGCAGGUUUUACCGGGAACGGCUAUUUUUGUUUUGACAUCAAUGAGUGUUCAACAGUGAACAACUGUCAUUCAAAAGCUUUUUGCACGAACACUCACGGAUCUUAUCGAUGCACAUGCAAUGGUGGAUUUACUGGAAAUGGAACCUUCUGCCAAGACGUCGAUGAAUGUUAUGAUUCAACACACAACUGUUCUUCAGAGACAAAUUGCACCAAUACUAUAGGAUCCUAUCAAUGCUGUAGAACACAAAGUUCUGGAAAUGGUUCUAUUUGCAGAGAUAAGUCAAUCAGAUUACAAGGACCAUCCAGGUUACAGGGCAUUGGUCGUGUUGAAAUAUUUUAUUCUGGAGAAUGGGGAACAAUUUGUGAUGAUAAUUGGGACAUAAAUGAUGCCCGCGUUGCAUGUCGUCAACUUGGCUAUCGGAAUGCUCUUGCAGCUCUUCAAGGAAGUCAAGUUCCUUCUGGUUCAGGACAGAUUUGGUUGGACGAAGUUGGUUGUACUGGAAAUGAACAAAACCUAGAAAGUUGUCCUCAAAACGACGAUGAAGGUUGGGGAAGUCAUGAUUGCUUUCAUUCUGAAGAUGCUGGAGUGAAAUGUACUUCACAAGAUGUCGAUUAUUGCUCCAUGGGAUUGCACAAUUGCAGGAUUAAUUCUAGAUCUCAAUGUAUUGGCACUGACAAUGGUUUUUCAUGCCAAUGUAACCCAGGUUUUACCGGCGUUACCUGCAUUGACAUCAAUGAAUGUUUAACAGUAAACAACUGUCAUUACGAUGCUUUUUGCACAAACACUCCUGGAUCUUAUCGAUGCACAUGUAAUGGUGGAUUUAUUGGAAAUGGUACCUUCUGCCAAGAUGAAGAUGAAUGUUCUGAUUCAACAUACCACUGCCCUUUGCAGACAUAUUGCACGAAUACCAAUGGCUCUUAUCUAUGCUGUGAAACACAAAAUUCUGGAAAUGGUUCUCUUUGCAGAGAUGCGACUCUCAGGUUGCGAGGACCAUCCAGGUUGAAUGGCGCUGGUCGUGUGGAAAUAUUCCAUUCAGGAAAAUGGGGAACAAUUUGUCAUGAUGCAUGGGACAUAAAUGAUGCUCGCGUUGCAUGUCGUCAACUUGGUUAUCGGAAUGCUCGUAGAGCUCUUCGUGGAUGGCAAGUUCCUGAUGGUUCAGGAAAGAUUUGGUUGUACAACGUUCGCUGUACUGGAAAUGAAAAAAAUCUAGAAAGUUGUCCUGCCCGUUAUUUGGUAUGGAGAAAUUAUUAUUACUGCAGUCAUAGGCAUGAUGCUGGAGUGGAAUGUACCUCCCAAGAUGUCGACUAUUGUGCCUUGCAGCUGGACAACUGUCCAUAUAAUUCCCAAUGUAUUAACACUGAUGGGGGAUACUCAUGCAGAUGUAUUCAACGCGGUUAUAUCUAUAACGAAAACAGCAUUUCGUGCAUAGAUAUCAACGAAUGCUGGUCGCCUGACAUAUGUCAACCAAACGCUUAUUGCAUUAAUUACCAAGGAUCUUACCGAUGCGCAUGCAAUGACGGGUAUGCUGGAAAUGGAACUGUUUGCCAAGACAUCGAUGAAUGUUCUCAGUCUACUGCCAGGUGUCCUUCAGUCGACGAAUAUUGCUCCAACAUCCCAGGAUCAUUUCUAUGCUGUAUUGGCGAACCUGGUCGAAACGAAUCGACUUGCAAAGAACCCUCUAUAAAGUUAAAAGGUUCAAUAAUUUCAAAAAAUACUGGCCGUGUUGAAGUAUUCCAUGAUGGACAAUGGGGAAGAAUCUGUGGUGAAAAUUGGGAUAUAAGAGAAGCCCAAGUGGCAUGUCGUCAACUUGGUUUCCCUGGUGCUAUUCGAGCAUUGUCCCCUCGUGAAGUACCCCGUGACUACGGAAAAAUAUGGUUAGACAAGCUUGAUUGUACUGGUCGUGAGACUCAUUUAUCUAGUUGUUUUGGUAUUGACUGGAGAGAUCAUAACUGCCACUAUUAUAGAGUUGCUGGAGUAGAAUGUGCCUUAAGAGGUGUUGAUUAUUGUUCCAGCGGAUUACACAGCUGUCAUAGAAAUGCUGAGUGUAUUACAACUGUUGGUGGUGGCUUCUUAUGCAAAUGUAAUCAAGGUUAUACUGGAACUGGCUUUUCUUGCAAUGAUAUCAAUGAAUGCUCAUCACCUCACAUCUGUCAUUCAAACGCUUCAUGCACUAACACUCCUGGAACUUACCGAUGCACAUGUAAAAGUGGAUUCAUUGGAAAUGGAACUGUUUGUGAAGAUUAUGACGAGUGUUCCCAUUCCGCGCACUACUGUCCUUCAAUUGAAACUUGCAGAAACAUUGUUGGCUCGCAUGAAUGUUGCUUUAGACAAUCUGAUGGAAGUAAUGUUACUUGCCAAGAGAUGACUGUCAGAUUACAAGGGCCGUCAAGUUUCAAUGGUACUGGUCGUGUGGAAGUGCGCCAUAACGGGCAAUGGGGGACAAUUUGUGAUCAUAAUUGGGACAUAAAUGAUGCUCGAGUGGUCUGUCGUCAACUUGGUUAUCCGAGUGCGCUCAGAGCUCUUCGAGGAGGGCAAGUUCUUUCUGGUUCAGGACAGAUUUGGUUGAACGAGCUUGCUUGCACGGGAAAAGAGAAAAAUGUAGAAAAUUGUCCUCGCCGCUCUCGAGGAUGGGGAUUUAGUCUCUGCAGACAUUCUGAAGAUGCUGGAGUGGAAUGUUCUUCUGAAGAUGUUGAUUAUUGUACAUUGGGGCUGCACAACUGUAACAGUCGUGCUCGAUGCAUUAACGAAACUGGUGGUUUUUCAUGCAAAUGUAAUCCAGGCUAUACCGGCAACGGUGUUUUUUGCAAUGAUAUUAAUGAAUGUUCAUUUCCAAACGCCUGCCAUUCCAACGCUUUUUGCACCAACACUCCUGGAUUCUACCGAUGCUAUUGCAAAAGUGGAUUCAUUAAAAAUGGAAGUGUUUGCCAAGAUAUUGAUGAAUGUUCUGAUACAAUUUAUAACUGUCCUAAAAACGCAAACUGUACCAAUACAGUUGGAACUUAUCUUUGUUGCGAAGACUUGAUUUGUAGAGAGCCACACAUCAGGUUACAAGGUCCGUUAAGUUCAAAUGGUACUGGUCGUGUCGAAGUUUUCUAUAAUAAAAAAUGGGGAACAAUCUGUGAUGAUAAUUGGGAUAUAAGAGAUGCUCGAGUGGCCUGUCGUCAACUUGGUUAUCGGAAUGCUCUCAGAGCUCUGGGUAGUGGCCAAGUUCCACCUGGUUCAGGACAAAUAUGGCUAGAUGAGGUUAGAUGCACUGGAAAUGAGCAAGAACUGUCCAGUUGUUCUUCUCGAUGGUGGGGACGCCAUGACUGCAGCCAUUCUAAAGAUGCUGGAGUAGCAUGUUCCUCUGGAGCUGUUGAUUAUUGCUCCAUGGCAUUUCACAAUUGUGGCAGGAAUUCCCAAUGUAUCAACACCAAUGGAUGGUUUGCAUGCAGCUGUAAUCAAGGCUAUACCAAAAAUGGUGCUGCUUGCAACGAUAUCAAUGAAUGUCUAUCAUCUUACAACUGUUCAUCGGAAGCCUUUUGCACCAAUACCCCCGGAUCCUAUCGAUGUACAUGCAAUAAUGGAUACACAGGAAACGGAACUGUCUGUGACGAUGUCGAUGAAUGUUCUCUAAAUAUAUACACCUGUCCUUAUCCUUCAAACUGUAAAAACACUGUUGGAUCUUAUGAAUGCUGUUUCAAUGAAAAUGGGAUUUGUCUACCAGGGAAAGGUAUCAGGUUGAAAGGACCAUUUAGUUCAAGUGGUGCUGGUCGUGUGGAUGUAUUCCAUAAUGGAGAUUGGGGAAGAGUAUGUAGUGACCGUUGGGAUAUAAAUGAUGCUCGUGUUGCAUGUCGUCAACUUGGUUACAUCGAUGCUAUUGCAGAUAUUCGCAGUAACGAUGUUUUUAGUCGUAGAAAGAUAUGGUUGGGUGAUGUUAAUUGUGCUGGAAAUGAGGACAGUGUAUUCAGUUGUUCGCAUCGGGGCUGGGGGAAACAUGACUGCGGCUACAGGGGAGAUGCUGGAGUUGCUUGUUUAGUAAAAGGCUUUGAUUACUGCUCAUCGGGAAUGGUUGAUUGUCCCAAAAAUGCUCAUUGUAAAAACACUGAUGCUGGGUUUACAUGCUCAUGUAACCCAGGCCUAGGCUUUGCCGGAAACAGGUGCCAUGAUAUCGAUGAAUGUCGAUCCAUUUCCUGUGGUUUCAACGGUCGAUGUAUUAAUUCUAUUGGAUCUUUUCAAUGCAUAUGCAAUGCUGGAUACACUGGGACUCUUUGCCAAGAUGUUGAUGAAUGUGCCCUAAGAGGGCACACGUGUGGCAGUAAUUCACAAUGUAAAAAAACAUUUGGAGGAUAUUUAUGUUUAUGUAUUCAAGGUUAUACAAGAGAAAAUGGAAAUUGUACUGGGAAAACCUUCUUCAUGGUUGGGCAACAGCUUUAA